AUUAUUUAUCAUACGUUUUCAAUUUUUCCAAUUGUAUUUAUAUUAUAAUACCCACGUUUUAUCGCGUGUGUUAUUUUAUUCCUGUGUAAAUCAUAUUUAUUAUAAAUCUAUUCAAAAUUCCGGUCCCUACGCGGAAAUACGAAGGCUCCAAUUUGGGCAACAUUGAAGAUAUGAAUAAGAGGAAACUCAGAGGUGGACCUACUGGUAGGUCACCUCGAGCAAGGUCUGUCGUAGCUGAAGGCGUAUAUAAUAAUGCAUUGUUUAUGCAUGCAGUAACAUGUCAUGUGGGUAACGUUGUCCAAAUUAAAACAUAUUCAGGAGCUGUAUGGGAGGGUGUAUUUCGUACAUUCUCCAGUCAAUUUGAAGUGGUAUUAGAAGUAGCUACACGAGUUGACACAAAUAAUAUAAACAAUCAAACCUCAUUGAAUAUUGAUUCCGUCGUAGAUAAAAUGAUAUUUCGACCGUCUGAUAUUGUAUGUAUAACUGCGCGGGACGUAGAUUUAGACUAUGCAACAAAGGAUACGUUUCAGACUGACACUGCCAUUUCUAAAUAUAACGGUCAAAAUCUACGAAACGCUGAAGAACGACAAUUGGAACCUUGGGAUCCAUGUAGCGGUGGUAUAAAUGGUGAUGAUGCAGCUAAUAGUAGUUUAGAAUUAGAACCAGAUGCAAAUGGUUGGGAUGCAAAUGAAAUGUUUAAAAAAAAUGAACAAGUUUACGGUGUUACGUCAACAUUUGAUCAUUCAUUAGCUGGUUACACAUUACCAUUACAACGUAAGGACACAGCUGACUAUAAAGAAUUAGAGGGACGUGCUGCUGAAAUAGCACAUGAAAUAGAAAGUCAGCCAAGUUAUAAAGCACAUUUAGAGUUAGAGAAUGGCGAUGAAGAGGAACGUUUUGCAGCUGUCCAACGUAAUACACCAUCAAAUUCAUCAGGCAAUAAUAACAGUGGAAAAUAUGUACCUCCAGCAAAACGUUCAAAUCCAUCAUCCGGUAAAUUAAUACAACAAAAUAGCAAUUCACCACAACAGGCUGUUUUAAAUCCAUCAAUAUUCAAUAAAGGUGGCGGUGGAGGCGGUAGCGGCGGUGGUUAUGCACCUAAACCAUCUCCACCUUCAGCAGUAGUUAUGCAACAAAAUUCUCAACCACCCCCUCAAACACAACAAUCACAACAACAAAUCGUAUAUCAACAAUCACCUCCAACAGCUAUGUAUCCUCCACUAGUACCCCCACCAGGUAGUGCUGGUGGAGGUAUUGUUAUUCAAGGUGGUGGUGCGCCACAACAAGUACCAUUACCUCCACCUCAACAACAAAUGGUUCAACAAACAAUGGUACAGACGGUAGUUGUACCUUCAACUCCGGUUGUGGUAUCCACACGACCACAUCAACAACCCAGUCCUCCCAAACAACAUAUGAAUGGUGGAGAUACGCGAGGUAAUGAUCACCACCAUCAUCCCCCACCCACGGGUAUGAUGAAACCAACAGUUCAACAACAACAACAGAGGGUACAAUUACAAAGACCACCACCACCAUCUUCGACAGACAAUUCAUCAGCCCCACACCAAAAUAUGGAUUUACAACAGCCUCGAGAACAGAGAAUACCUCGACAUCGAGGUGUUGUCGAUCCUCAGCUACAAACCAUGCAAGAUUUACGGAAAUUUAGUCAAGAUUUUAAAUUAGUUUCGUCAGAUCAACCCUCCCAACAACAUAUACCCUCGCAACAACAAAUUUCACCGCCUACACAGUUAGAACAACAAUUACCACCUCCCGGACCCCCUAAACCUCAACAGACACCACCAUCAUCAGAGACAACAGUAUCCACACAACCAUCGCAACAUGAAACCACGACGGUAGUAAUUGAUAAAGUAGCAACGGCAUUUAAAAAGUCAACGUUAAAUCCAAAUGCAAAAGAAUUUAAUCCAAAAAGUUUUACACCACGAUCACCAAGUACUCCAAGUGCUUCAAGACCACAUACACCACAAACACCAUCGCCGUAUGUAGUGUCACAACAACCCGCCACAGUGUCAAUGGCACAAACACAUUCUGGUGGCGGCGGUCAAGGUCAAGGACAACCUAUGCCAAUGGUGAUGCCUGCAUAUGUGAUGACAAAUCAACCUCCAUACCAAACAGCACCGCAUUCCCAGUCGAGUCGAUUUAGAAAAGUACAACUAAGCGGCAUUCGUACAGAUAUGGCGCAACAAAUGCAAGUAGCAGCCGCAACGGGUCAACCAUUAUUAGCACCAGCUCCGUUACAACAAUUUGUAUAUCCACCAGGCGGUUUAGCUCCACAACCAUACCAACAAGUACACGCUGUACGAAUGUACCAUCAUGAAUCACCCAUGCAAUAUUUAGGUCCACCACCACCUAGUAAUACCCCAUCUCCCGGUCAAGCACCACCACCCGGAGCGUAUCCUGGCUCACAACAACCACAACCUCAACCUCAACCACCACCACAACAGUAUCAAACAGCACAGCCUCCCCCACCUCCACAAGGUCACCCACAUCAUCCAGCCCAAUUUCCUAUUAUGUGCCCAAUAUCAUUAGCAGCACCGCCUCCACAUAUGAUGCAAGGUGGUAUGCAAUAUCAUUUACAUCAACAAGCUCCCCCACCACAUACCCCCCACCAUAUUCAAGUAAUUUUACCCCCACAAGCUGCACCACCUCAACAGCAUGCAGCUGGGCCGCAACAGUAAUGGAGGAGGAGAACGGCGGUGUUUACGUUAAGAAAGGCAAUUAUCUCAAGGAACUGUCGUAUGUGAGAACAAAAUAAAAACUAUUGCCACGCCCCCGCUUUGUAACAAAAAAACAGUUCCUCAUCAACAUCGAUCGAUUUUAUUUUUUAUUAAAAUGGAGAACGCAAUCAAUUCAAAACAUCAACAAAAUUUAAAAACAAUAACCUCAAUUAUACUCGAUGACCGGCCAUCUGUCGAGAUGUUAUUUAAUUGAAAAUAAAUUCAAAACAAAACCAAAAUUUAAUUCUACCAUAUUUGAAUUGAAAUAGAGUACAUUUUAACAUCCUAAUAACAAGCCCGCUCGUUUUUUAUGAAAAAUCUUUGUCUUUUCAUAAAAUCAAUAUAGGUGCCUUACUCUAUUUAAAAAACAAAUUUUUAUUUAUUGUUAAUACAACCUUAUUAUGUCAUUUUUCUCCAGUCCCGCAUUU